AUGGCCGCCAGCAGAUCUCCGUCACGGCCGCGCCGAACUGUGUCCCCCGCGACGGUACCAGAGAGGAAGCCACCGCUUCCCCCGCAACCCAGCGGUUGGCAAAUACUGUGGAAGAGAUGCACUGCAUCUUGCAGCACUACCUGUGUGCUAGAACGCUUCAAGAAGCUGGUGCCGGCGGCGGAGUGGGUGCCGCGCUACCGCUGGCGGCAGCAGCUGGCGGGCGACCUGUCCGCGGGGCUGGUCGUGGCCGUGAUGCACGUGCCGCAGGGCCUGGGCUACGCGCUGCUGGCCGGCGCCGCCCCCGUCGGCGGGCUCUACGUCGCGCUGCUGCCCGUCUUCGUCUACGCCCUGUUCGGCACCUCGCGCCACAUCUCCAUGGGCACCUUCGCCGUCACCUGUCUCAUGACUGGCCAGAUCGUGUCGGAGCACGCGGGGGACGGUGUGACUCCCGAGGAGGUGGUGAGCAUGGUGUCGCUGUGGUGCGGCCUGCUGCUGCUGGCUCUGUGGGUGCUGCGGCUGGGGGCGCUGUGCCGCGUGCUGAGCGAGACGCUGGUGAGCGCCAUCACCACGGGCGCAGCAGUGCACGUCUUCACCUCGCAGCUGCUCGAGGCGCUGGGCGUGGCGCGCGACGCUCCCAAGCACCACGGCCUGCUGCGCCUCGUCUACACCUACGGGGACCUGUUCUCGGGCAGCCUGCCUCCCAGGCUGCCGGCCAUUGCCACCGCGCUUAUCACCAUCGCGGUGCUCGUGGUCUACCAGCUGGCUGUGCCCAAACUGGUCGGCCGCUGGCUGUCUGCCGAGCUGGUCGUCCUCGUCGUCACCACCGUUACCGCCUCGCAAGUUGAUUUCUCUGCCAGUUAUAUUGUUGGUGGUGGAACUGGUGGUGGCAGUGGCCGCAGUGGUGGUAGUGCAACUGCAGUGCAUCCAGAACUGAUUGCAUCUGCAAAUGAGGAGUCAGCUAUGUCUGGGGAAGUUGUGUGUAUGGGGGUUGAUACAUCAAGAGAUGAGUGCCGCGACGAUGGUGGUAAGGAGGCAAUGUGGAACAUGUCGGUGGUGGGGCCGGUGCCUAGCGGGCUGCCUAAGCUGCGCGACCCCGUGAGCGACUGGAAGCUGAUGGGGGCGGUGGCCGUGGGCUCGCUGGGCGUGGCGGCCGUCAGCUUCGCGGUGAGCACGUCAAUGGCGCUGCUGCUGGCGCGCGGCCGCUACCGCGUGCGCCUCAACCAGGAGCUGCUGGCGCAGGGGCUCGCCGCGGUCGCCUCCGCCGUCAGCGGGGGCGUGCCGCCCUCCGCCUCGCUGUCGCGCUCCCUGCUGCAGAGGGACGCGGGCGGCUCCACGCAGCUCGCCGGCCUCGUGUCCUGCGCCGUGCUGCUGGCUGUGGUGCAGGGCGCCGGUCCGCUGUUCGAGCCUCUGCCCAGGGCCGUGCUCGCCGCCGUCAUCAUCGUGGCCCUCAGGGGAAUGGUGAUGGCGGCGAGCCGCGACGUGCCGCGCAUGUUCCGGCUGAGCUUGCUCGACGGCGGCGUGUGGGUGGCCUCCUUCCUGGGCGUCGUGCUGCUCGACACGGCGCUCGGCCUGCUGCUGGGCGUCGCGCUGUCGCUGCUCUUCCUGGUCGUCAGGGGGGCCGCGCCGCGAGUCCAGGUGCUCGGCAUGCUGGCCGCCGCCAAAGGGCCCCCGGCGUACGUGGAACUGGACGGCAACGCGGCCGCCGUGGAGCGGCCCGGCGUGCGCGUAGUGCGGCUGCUGGCCGGCGCGGCGCUGGCGUUCCCCAGCCGGGACGAGCUGCGCGAGCAGGUGUUCGGCGCGGUGGGCGUGGAGCCGGCCAGGGUGCUGGAGCUGCAGCGGCUGGCGCUGGCCGCCGAGCCGGACUCCGCCCAGCAGCGCGACCUGCUGGAGCGCGCCGAGCAGGCGGCGACGCCGCAGUGGCGCGUGCGCGCCGGCGCCGCGCCGCAGCCGCGCCGCCUCACGCACGUCGUGCUCGACCUCUCCACCGUCACCUCCUGCGACUUCUCGUCCGCCAGGAGCCUCGAGCUGCUCGCCGCCAUCUACGAGGCCAUCGACGUCACCAUGGUGCUCGUGCUGCAGCAGCCCCUCUACUCGCUCGAGUCGGUGCUCAGCGUGGACGCCGCCGUGCGGAUGAUCGGCGGAGUCAGGGAAGAAGAAGGAGAAGACUGA